GAGCUGCACUUACUGCCAGCACUAGUACGCGAGCGAACGGGAACCCCGUGACGCGACGUCCACGUCGGCCAAAUGUGGGCCCGUCACGCCAUCCACGUCGGCACCCUCCCUCCCUCCAUCCGUUUCAAAAAAAUUCUUCCGUUCUUCGGUUGGCGUAUAUAACAGGCCGUUCGUUCUGCUUCCCUCCUCUCGCUGGCUCCGAGGAAUUCUUCUUGCGGAUGCGAUCGCCGGCGAACUGAUCCGUCUCGGAGGCAAGGGCUUCUCUGCUGUGUUCGACGCCGGGUUGGUCCCUUUCCCGGAAUCGGGGAGAGCUUUUCUAUCGGCGGUGUCUGGCUUUCCGGCGAACGCGCCACAGGUGUUCGACGGAAUUCCGACAUGCCGAGCGGGGGUAGGCGGCUGCCGCCGUGGACGUCGCCGAGGGGCGCGGCGGAGGCGGUACCGCAGAGGUGUAGCCCCUGCACCCCCGCCGGUUCCGGGAACCACUUCACUCCGCCCUUGAGCGCCGGCUGCUGCUCCUACCGCGUCACCCCGCCGGUGAGCGGCGGCGGGUGUCCCCGGCCGCCGAGGGCGCCGCCGGCGGUCGAUUCCCCGUACUUGAGGGCGAAGCAGGCGCAGUUAAUUGAAAAGGAUCCAAACAAGGCAGUUCCAUUGUUCUGGGCAGCUAUUAACAGUGGUGAACGAAUUGAGAGUGCACUGAAGGAUAUGGCUACUGUACUAAAACAAGCAAAUCGGGCUGAAGAAGCCGUCGAAGCGAUAAGAUCCUUCCGUCACCGUUGUCCAAAUGAAGCUCAAGAGUCUCUUGACAAUAUUCUUCUUGACCUAUACAAGAAAUGCGGUAGGACAAAAGAACAGAUUGAAAUGCUGACAUUGAAGCUGAGAAUGGUUGACGAGGAUCUAGCUUCUGGCCGGUGGAAAGCAAAGCUGUCUAAAUCUCAUGGAAGAGUAGUCUAUCUCUCUCUGAGGGAUGAAAAGGCAAGGUUGUUGGGUAACCUCGCCUGGGCCUAUAUGCAGUCUGAAAACUAUGAGGAGGCUGAAAUGCUCUACAGGCAAGCUCUUGCUAUGGAAGCUGAUUAUAACAAAGAGUGUAAUUUAGCCAUCUGCUUGAUGAAGAUGGGAAAGGUAGCUGAAGCUAAAUACCUUCUCCAACCUAUACCUUACAACUGCAAAGAUGAAAACCAUUUGAGAUCUUUUGCACGGGCUACUGAAAUGCUUAGGGAACUUGAGUCACAAACACUCCCUUCUCCCAUAACUCAGAUGAAGUCUAAAGAUUCACAGAUUUUACUUGCUGCUGAUGUGGAGAGUCUUGAAUAUCUACAUCCACAAAUAUUCUCUAGUUCUUCAACUCAACUGAAUUAUGAAGAACUGCAAGCUUCAGUUUCGGUGGAUACAGAGAAGCGUGAGGAUUGCAACUCACAAGUGCUUCCAUCUCCGGUAACUCAGUUGAAGCGUGAAGGACCACAAAUUAUGGUUGCUACUGAUGGAGAGAAGAAUGGACAAAGUCUGCAGGAGUACCAAUAUCUUUCAAGACUGUUCAAUGAUGCUGCCACACCACAGUCUCAACUUGAGAAACUACGAAAGCGGCUGGUAAGAAAGGACAGACCAAAUUUCAGCACACAGAAUCAAGUUCAAACUCCUAGCUCAGCUGAAUGCCUGCCAAACCCUAAUGGUGCCAUGGAUGCUAGUGAGAACCCUGUGCAAGAGGGGAAGGGUUUGGUUGAUGGUGGUAGAAAAGCAUGGGCUGACAUGGUGGAGGAGGAUGAACAGCAGCUGGGCGAUGGCAAGAACACUAGCGCGCAAGGUGAGAGCAGCAAGGAUGCAAGUGAGCAGAGGGAGAAAACAUCAUCACCUUCUCAAGGAAGCAGCAGCCUCAAAACCCCGGUCGCGGGUGUUCCGCGACAAAGUUCAUCUGCAGGUUCAUGGAGACGUAACGACUCCAGAAUGUCGACAGAUGAGAACGUGAACCGGAAGUUUGCUAGGACAGCUCCAGCGUGGAAGCAGCAGAAGGUUCAAGAUCACAGCAAUCGAGUCUGCCAAAUGCUCAAUACGAUGCAUCUCAAUGAGAAAGCUCAAGGCACCAAGCAAACACCAUGGAGAAGCAGUGCAGCUCAGCGUUCACUUUUCCACAGUCAUGCACCAUUCGGUGACAAUGGACACUCUCAGGGUACCAAUCACACGGAGGCCACUAACCGGUGGCCGAAGAACGCGGCGAGCACAAGACCGUGGAGGCCACAGAACCGCUUGCGGGUCUUCCAGGAAAUCACAAAUGAGAUGAAGCAAAAUGUUGCAUAGCUACAUCUUUAUUCUUCACUCACCGUUGAUGUAAGUUCUUACUAGUAAGUAGUUGUUGUUUCCCACCAGAGAUGAGAAGAGCACUAGCAUUGGAAUGUGCAACAAUCAUGUAGAGCUAAGGAACUUGCCGAGUAUCAUCACCGGUCCAUAUUAUUAACAAGUCCAUGAAUCGCACUUCAAA